CUCCCCCUGCGCUGCUCCCGAGGCUCCACCAGCUUCUGGCGCAGGCACCGGGCCCACCCGCGCAGAGCUCGACGUGCACCGACCAAUGGCCAACAACCACGGCGCGAGAGCGCAGGGCAGCGCUGGCAGGCAGGCACGGUCUCGGGCACCGACUGGAGCGGGGAGGGGCUCUGCGCAAGCGCGAGGCGAACCAGCGCUCGGCAGGCGCGGCCGCACCCGGCCGACGUGCGUGCGGACGAGGAGACCUCGACCUCCCCUGAGAUCCGACGUAGCGAAAAAAUUGCAACAUCGUGCGAAACCGCCCGGCUCGAAAAAAUUGAGUCGCCAGGAUCUCAAGGUCCACGUCGGCGAUGGGAGGCACUCCUGCUGGCGCCGGAGCUCGGCCUGCCCGGCAAUUCUGGGGAGUGGGCUCCGGCUCCCGCUCCGUUCGGGCUCGGCCUGUCGAUAUGGCCCCCCGAAUUUUCGCGCCGACAGAGGCUUGCAUUCAGCUGUGAAGCACGUUGAUGCUUUUAGCUUCCAAGCGCGGCAAACACGGCAGCAAGACCGCGCGGUGUUGCUCGCAGGCAGAAGUCGUCGCGCGCACGGGCACACCGACUGUGGGGUCGCGAACCCUCUCGUCGGUGGCCCUGGGCCAGCAGUCCCCCCUGUCACCCAACGAAACGAGCGCGAUGCCUUUCACUGGACCUCUCUCUCGCGGGCUGGGGCGAACUACAGCCCCACCAGCGCCGCGCUGGAGGGCGGCGGGCCCUCUCCAACCGCCGAUCUACGACUCGCGGAGAGAAAAUCUAGACAUAUACAUUGGCCUUCAGACGUUCUGCUCUUGGUCAGAGGUGCUACUGCGGCAGGACGGGGGCUGGGCUGUUGGAUGCCACGCCCUGCUGCUGGAGGAAACCAGCCAGGCGCCCGAGGCUAUCUCCAUAUGAUCCCGUUCACUGCUGCCACGCUGGGGCACAGCCCCCCAUCGUGCUUCCGCCCAGCUCCCGCUCCGACUGAGGCCGCCGACGCCCUCGG